ACAUUAUGCCGCAAGAUACUCGUCGACCGGAAAAGACUACCCACUGGGAUUCGGCGUUCGUCAAACAUAAAGGCUACGUCUUUGUGCUCCUGUCAUUUUCACUGAUCGGGGCCGUAGUGGUGGGCCUUUUCGGUGUAUAUCGGUGUGUCCGUUUGACGACUCUUCGGCCAUCGGCAUCCGCAUUGUCUCAACUUCCGCUUCCAGCGGAGGUCCUAACCUUGCCGGUGCAUCACCACCACCAUCAUCAUCAUCACCACCACCAUCAGUUCCUGGCCGUCGCCUUGAGAAGCAGCAACGGUGCCGGAAGUAUCGGAAGUAACCUCAACACCAUCAGUCUCAAUACCGGCAGCUGCAUCGAUAGCGUUGAUCAUAGUGCCGGAAUAGUUGGAGCAGUUGCCUCGGGUGCAACCGCUUCCGGUAUAGCAGCGACACCUCUAGACGCCGACUCGAACCAUCCGCCUGUACCCAUGCUAUCGGUACAGUCACCCGGUUGCGCGGGGAUGGAGCGGCUCGGCGUUCCUGCCCGCAGUUCCAUUGGCUCACCACCUCUCAAAGAUGAACGAACGCGACGAUUUCGUGUAGACUCUGGCGUGUCCGGCGCCUCCAGCAACUCUUCCGUCAUCUAUCAGCACCAUCCGAACGUGCACCAUCACAGCAAUCACCAUGCGCUGCGACGCCACGACCACUUGCUAGUGAACAGCAGUGGUGGCAGCAGCAACAGCAACAGCAACAGCAGCAGCUUGUCCCAAUUCCAACGGCAAACGGCAGCAACGGCCGACAGUGGGAGCAUUCAGAGGUUUUCGGCGUUCACGGGAGCAGCGGCAAAGGACGCCAAUAGCAGUAGUAACAAUAGUAACAGCAGCAGUAGCGGCAGCAAUUAUGGGAAGACUUCAUUUCAUCACCAAGGUAGCAGUGGCGGCAGCAGCAGCAACAACAGUAGCUACUAUGGGAUUGGAGGCAGCGGGCACAGCAAUUUCAACAACAAUAGCAAUCUAUUGUGUAGCACCAGCAGCAGCAGCAGCCGGUGUCCGCACCAUGUGGCGCUGCCGGACGGGGAACGGGGACCGGAUCGGGAUCUGCAGAUACGGUCGCCCUGUCAGCAAUCGGAAAUUCCACGCACCUACGUGAAGGCUCCUCCGAACAAGACGGUCCGGGACGUUCCGGCCCAGUACCAAUCCUCGGCCGGGCCGGGCAGUUUCGUCGGCUCCUCAUCGGCGGCCUCAACCUCAUCCUCCAUGAGCAAUCUCAACCAACAGGGCCAAUCAUCAGCAUCAGUCGGCAGCAGCCGGUCCGGGAUGGCUGCAGCAGGAACCAGCAUUUCCUGUGGUGGAUCGACGACGUCGGCCGGCAACACUAGUCAUCAUCAUCAUCACCACCACCACCAUCAUCAUCAUAGUUCGUUGAAUUCGGUUGGUGGUGCGGGUGGUGUCAGUUUGGGCAACCGGGCGAUAGUAAACAGUUUGUCGACGCUUUCGUCCGGCGGUGGUUCCAGUACUGGAAGCAGCGGGACCCAGCAGCCCAAGUCGGACAAAUUUAAGCAAAUCCUGCGGUUCCUGCCAGGUAACAAAACAUCCAAAUCAUCCACUAGUGGUAUUAAUGUGAAUAGUAGCAGCAGCGGCAGCAGCAGCAGCAUCAGUAGUAGCAACAAUAACAAUAAUGGACCUAAUAGUAGUACUAGCUAUAAUAAUAGUUGUAGUAACAAUAGUAGUAACAAUAAUAAUAAUAAUAGUUAUCAGACGCGAAGCAAUCCGUACGGAAAUGGAAGUGUGGGGUUGAGUGGCGGGGGUGUGAGUGGCAGCAAUCGGGGGGCAGGGUCGGGGAGUGGCAGCGGAAAUCAUCUAGCCGUAAGCGGAAUACAUAAUCAUAACCAUCACUACCGACAAUCGACGGUGUCGGUCCAGCAGAGGCAAAGUGGGGGUGGUGCUGGUGGAUCAACGGAGUCCUCCGGGACGGCAGCGGGUCCAAUGUCCCAAUCCGCCAGCCCUAGUCCGGACACCAGCACUCACUUCAUGUGACAGGACGGUCGGCCGACACCGGAUAGUUGAAAUGUUGACCCAGGUCAUCGCGAUGAUCUGUUUUCUUUUUUAUUCGUAAAGCUAGCAAAUCGAUGUCGUGAUAAUAUUUGUGAUUUUGAUUAUGAAUUCGAAAACGAGAAAAAGGUAGGGCUGAAGGAAGCUGCAGGAGAUCAGAGCUUGAUCGGCCCUGCCGCGGUACUUCCGUUGCGUUCCGUUGUCGCAGCCGGCAGCUGGCAGAAGAAGCCCUUCGGUGAUGGUAUGGAUCCGUCGUGGACAACUGCCGGAAAUGAUUGCUGCCGUACCGACGCUGGCGUCGGUUCUUGCCGCCACCGCCAUCUGGUGGUGGUCCAGUGCGAUGCAAGGUUAUAAAAUUGAAUGAUCGGGUUUAACAUUCGAAAAAAAAGAGAGAUCUUUCUGUCGUAUGUCGAAGAGACAACACAGCGUAGUCGAGUUUCAAAUCAAAAGUUAGGGAAUGGACGAUUCCGACGAAUCCUGAAAGGUCGGAGCGCCGCUUCAACCGGAAUUUGAUUCCAUGGGGUUGAUCCGGACGCCAAGCCACGUGCGCAGUCUCUAUACGUUUAGUAGAAGCGUUCGUAGAACUGAGCCAUGUUCUGGUCAAUCAACAACAACAACAACAACAACAAGUACAAAUGUCAUCUCUCGUAUUUCGUAGUACGUUUGGAGCAACAUAAAAAACGAUCUCACUGCGAUUUUAUAACAAACAAAAAAAAAACCACACACAUAUUCGUAACCUCACAUUAAAGAACGUCCACACCCAGACAAGUUCUCACUUCCGGAACACACUCACACUUCAACACAACAUAUAUAGCUAGAAGAACAUUAGAUGAUUAAUUUCCCGCGCGCGUUCGUUCGUCUGUCGCUUCCAACCUCCUAAAAUCGCUAAAAAUCGUUGAAAGCGCACCACUCACUCCCCCACCCCCAUGCUUCCGGUUUGCAACUCACACUGGCAAUCACUUCGGCAAAACUUCGUCGGAAAAAUCUUUUUUUAAGGAUUUGAGAAGCCUAAGUUUCUACGUAUCAGCCAAGCACACCCCUAGCCGAACUUUGGAAGAAAAACUUCUUGGAGAGUCUUCGGAUUAUGAUGAUUAUGAGAAACAAAUUUGAGAAAUGCUUAGUUCUAAAAAGUUCCUGAACAUCCAAACAGCAAAAGGAAAUGUGUUUGCGAAGGUUCAAACUUUUAAAGCUCUGCUGUGGAAAUGAAGUCUCAUCGCUGAACCGGAAGUCAAUCUAUGACUUUAAGAUUUGAGAAUUUCAUGAAAGAUUAGUCUUGAGUCUAUAGAUUUUUUCAAAUUUCAGUUUUGAACAAGCAGUAAAGUAUUUAGAAUAAAUUUUGCACCAAAUUUCUUAUUCUAGGAAAUGAACAAUAAACUGGUGUCUCAUUGUUCUUGUAUAAAACUUCCAUUUCAACUUGAAGAUAUACAUUCGCAGGACACUUUUGAAGUAGAAUUUUCAACAUAAUUUUAAAUGAAUGCCCUUAGUAAAACAAAUAAUUCUGAAUCUGAGUUCAAUACCCAAAUUUAAGGAUCUUAGUUUCCUAGUAAACCGUGAGUGGUACAAAUAAUCUAAGCCACGCCCACCAGGGAAACACAUGAACACGAUCCGAAUCGUGCUUAUAUGUUUCCCUUCGGGGUGCGUGCAGUGAUGUCAACCUUCCAGAUUUUGUCUGGAUCUGGACUUUUUAGACUUUCAACCAGAAGUGCCAGGUGGUUUUGUCAAAAAUCAGGACACCGCGAUGAAAAAAUCAGAAUUUUUCGGGACUCCACUUAAUUGAUGAAAAUAACAUGCAGCUCUGUUUACAUUUCAUAAAUAAAGGCUAAAUACAGGAACUGAAUACGCCUCCCACUAUGCAACUGAAUCGAGCAGAAUCUUGACUGGCCUGCAGUUUAUAUCGGAAAACACCAUUUAAAUAUCAUCUGAAACAAAGAUUACCAUCGAAUAAAGUUUUUUAUUAAAGAUUUGUAUGAUGUUCUCAUCAUUUAACUAGAAGUUUAGUUGUAAUUUAGAUAUUUUGGAAAAUCGGGACACAUCAGGACAUUUUACAGAUCAUUUUUCAAGAAUCAGGAAAAUUGAAUCAUUUCUGAAAAAUUAGGACGGUCUCUGGAAAAAUCAGGAUAUCUGGCACCUCUGAUUUCAACGGACAAUUAUUAUAGGUGUCCAGACCUUUGGCUUUUCUAUCAAACAUUUCCAGACUUUUGAGUUUUAAUUUUUUUUAUUUCAAAACAAUGAAAAUUCAAAAUUUUUUGUGAUGAAAUGAUUGAAAAUACAUCGUUUAAGUAAUUGAAAAGAGAGGAGUUCUACAAAGAUGGAUGUAAAGCAGGAAAUUAAGCAUUGAGCGUAGUACUUUCAAAAUUUCAUAACUUAUAAAAUUUGCCAUCCAGACUUUUCCAGACAGUUUUUCAAAACCUUCAGAUUCCUGAAAAACAGUUGGCAUCUCUGGGUGUGUGUUUGUCUCAGAAGCCGACUGAUCCAGAUGAAAGUGCACAUAGAGAAAAAAAAUCGUGGAUAAACUCAAACCACACCGUACGAAUGUACGAUUGAAACUGACUUCGCACUUUGCACAUACGCAGAGAUGCCUAUGUGCCGGAUUUUUCAGGAUUUGUCUGAUUUUUCGAGGCUUAGCCUGACAACCAGAUAAGCCAUUGGAUUUCUCUGAUUUUUUGAAUAAGCCUGAUUUUUACGAAUGUGAUGAUAAAACGGCAGUAAGGAACUGCGUUAGAUACCAUUGCUGAAGUUAAAAUGUGAAGGGAAGACCAAAGACCAGUCCCUGAUUUUUGAUUAAAAGAAAUGUUGGCAAACCUGCACGUAAGCAUUUCGUAUCGUAUUCGUAUUCCUAUAUCUCGGUAGGCUGGGUUGCCAAUGUGCCUGAUUUUUCAGGGUUUGCCUGAUUUUUGGAGGACAAACCUGACAACUUGAAAAGCCUCUGAUUUUCCCAUAUUUUUGGAAACAAGCCUGAUUUUCCCUGGUUUUUGUGAGUAUGUUAAAAAUGAGAAGUACGGAACAGCAUUAAAGACAUUAGUGGAGGUCACAGCUUGGUUUGAUGAUCCAAAAAAAUCUGAGUGCAGAGUUUCAAAUUCUAAGUUCUGAGUUUUAAAUUAUAUGUUCUGUGUUCUAAAUUUGAAAUAUUGAAUUCUGAAUUCUGAUUUUUAAAAUCUAAUUAAGUAGUUCUGAAUUCCAAGUGCAAAUUUCUGGAUCUCCAAUUUGUAUAAUGUGCUCUGAAAUUUUUAUUGAACUUGAAUUGUAGAUCAUUUAAUCUGAAUCUUUCGUUUGAGUUCAGACAUUUGCAAACUGAAUUCUGUAUUCUGAGCCUUGAAUUCUUGGUUCAGAAUUAUGACCUGAACCUGAAUUCUGAAUUUUUUCCGCAUGCUAUGUUCUGAAUCAGAAUUUUUUUGAGUGUUGAGUUGUGAAUCUGAGUUCUGAGUCCUGAGCUCUGAAAUAAGAUCCUCGAAUGCUAAGCUCUCAUUUCGACUUUUGAAUUGAGAGUCUUAAUUUCAAGAGUUGAGCUCAGAAUUCUGAGAAUUUGGUUCUUAGUUCUCAAUUCUUGAGCUUGAGCUUGAGAGCUUAGAUAAACCGUACAUUUCAGUAGUUGCUACUCCGUGAUUGACAAGAAUCAUCAAAAUUGUACAUAGAUCCAAAUAAAUGGGGCUUGGGAUUAGCUUACCACUUUCUGUGUACACGUUUCGAAGGUUCCUUAUCAUAUAUGGUCAAUAACGGCGCCGGCCACGUCCUUACGAUUCAUCGGGGAAAGGGAAGGAUAGUUAGUUCGACUUCCGUUGCUACUAGAGACCGAAUACACCUCUAAAUCUCCACGGUCGUCACAGGAAGGGUGGUUUGUUAGUGAGGAAGGUAAAUAAGAUCUGGAUUCCCUUUGGGAAGGGAUGUGAUCAAAGCAAAGUUAAAUAUUUAAUGAUCGUUGCGUCGCACACUAUCGAGUACAUCGCGUUUUUAUUUAGAACAAAUACGUCCUAACGUGGCAAUGUCAUACACGUACAAUGCAUUUAGCACCGGUGCAACUCACCGAAGAUUAUCGCGCGCUUCAAACUAGAAGAGCAAAAAUGUCCUAACGUGGCAUUGUCACACACGUACAAUGCACUUGGCACCGGUGCAACUCACCGAAUUUUACCGCACGCUUAUAAUGAGAAAGCAAAACGACUUAACGUGGCAUUGUCAUACACUACAAUGCGGUUGGCACCGGUGCAACACACCGAAUUUUAUCACGCGUUUAAAAAGGGAAGAGCAAGAACGACCUUACGAGCCAAAACGUUCUACCGCAUUAUGCAAACGGAGAGAGAAAGAGAUAAAGAAAAAAAAAACGCAACGCGGUUUAUAAACACCGACGACGAGCACGUCAAUUUUCCCCACGCAAACACACACACACACACACACACACACACACACACACACACACACACACACACACACACACACACACACACACACACACACACACACACACACACACACACACACACACACACACACACACACACACACACACACACACA